AUGGAAGUCUGGUGCCUUGUGGUCAAUCACAAUAACAGGCCUACUGGCCGGCCAUUCAAGGUCGAAGUAUCUUCCGGCGCCGAUGUUGAUGACUUGGUGGAGAAGGUCAAGGCCAAGGGGUCGCCUCGCCUUGACGACACUGCUGCGUUCGAGCUCGAAGUGUGGAGAUUUGCAAACUCACCAGCUGAUUUCGUCGUUAAUGAUCAUGAAGUGCUUGAGGAGCUAGUCAGCGAGGCAUUCUCUAAUAUGAGGGUUAAAGAACUCCUUCCGAGUCGGAAAAUAGCAGGCUUGAACAUCUUAGCUGGAGAGGCACUGCUCGUCAAGUUGCCCGGCCGAAAGCCACAGACAGAGGACGACAUGCCACAAUUAGAUUACCGUGUGAGGUGGACUGGAGGUUAUGGUGGAGAUGAGGGAGAGGACAAACCAGAGGGGAACACAGUGGUGGAGUAG